AUGGCCCCUCCAGGAUUCGGGCCGCCUGGAUACUCUGUCCCGCACCGCUCCAUGCAUCGCGAACCGCCCCCAGAAGGGUCCGAUACCAACACCCGGCCCUAUGCCAUCUUCUUCUCCUAUCUGUUGACAUGCUUCUCUGUCGCGGUUUUCAUCAUCCUGAGGCUCGUCAAAAGAGCUAGCGUGCUGCGAAAGUCAACUACCGCACAGCUCCCACCAAGAAGACAUGUCUGGCUGUUCAGUGCACUUGCCGUGGGCAGCUUGCUCACCACAUGGACGCACAUGUUCCAGUACUUCAAGGUCAGCUAUCAGUCUUGGCUGAUGUGGCGUAGCUACUACGAGCUUGAACCUGACCAGAAUCACUGGGGAUUGUGGUUGAAAGAAACUUCAUUAUUUCGAGAGGCAUGGGAGACUGUCAUAAUAGGAUAUGCGAGGUACUGGUGGUCGCACCAGAUCUUCUUCUUUGCACUGGGUCUGGGGUUGUAUCUGGAGCAGAAAGGAAUACGCCGUGGCAUUCGAUAUACUUGGGCAUUCAUGCUGCUUGGCCAGAUUGUGGCCAUCAGUUUUGCUACAAACCUCUUCAUGCUCACCUUACUAUUGAGCCCGCCGGCACCAGCUCCAUCGGCAUAUGGUUCGCGCCGGCAAACGUGGCUAGGUCCAUGGCUCCUAAACCUUUUCGCCAUAUUCGCAACUGCUUAUCCCGCGAUGCAACUAGCAGACGAACACUACUGGCAUCACCCUACACACUUCAUGCCGGUGCUCAUGGCUCCACACAUCGCUUUGAUGCUCUUGCCCAUUGCACGCGCUGUUGUACCGGCCUCAUCCUUCACCGAGGAUAUCCAAUUCACCGACAAGGUCUACAGCUACAUGUGGGCACUGGUUCUAGGGAAUGCCGGACUGAUGUUGGCAUGGACUACCGCAACAGCGUAUGCCUAUGGCGGUUUUGUGGGAAUACAAAGUGCUCUGCUAGAACACCCAGCAGUGAGCAGCGUGGGAUUCGAUGUCAUCUUCUGCUGGAUCACAUGGGCCUGUUGGUACUGGACGCAAGCAAAACCUGCUUAUGAGGGUGUAUCGCGGGACUCGGCCGAGAGGAGGAGCGCACAUGCUGACGACGAGCCGGUCACUGCGCUGGGUGCCAGUGGAUAUGAUGGCGGAGCAAGACAUCGCUAG